AUGGUUGAUUCAUGGAAUAGUUGUCUUAAUGUUCCUUUACAUGAAGAAGAUAAAGAAAUUUAUGAAUUAAUUCAAAAAGAAAAAUAUAGACAAUUCUCUGGUUUAGAGUUAAUUGCGUCCGAGAAUUUUACUUCUCAAGCUGUAAUGGAAGCUAAUGGAUCACCACUAACUAAUAAGUAUUCCGAGGGGCUUCCUGGUGCACGUUAUUAUGGUGGGAAUGAAUAUAUUGAUCAGGUAGAAAGUCUUUGUCGCAAAAGAGCCUUACAAGCUUUCAGAUUGGAUUCUGAUGAAUGGGGCGUGAAUGUUCAACCUUAUUCUGGAAGCACAGCCAAUUUUGCUGCUUUAACUGCUUUGAUUCAACCUCACGAUCGAUUAAUGGGUUUGGAUUUACCAUCGGGUGGUCAUUUAACACAUGGUUGGCAAACAUCAAAGAAAAAAAUUUCCACUUCUUCAAUAUAUUUUGAAUCAAUGCCAUAUCGUGUCAAUCCUGAAACUGGAAUCAUUGAUUAUGAUCGUUUAGAAGAAAAUGCCAAUCUUUUUCGUCCUAAACUUAUUAUAUGCGGCGCAAGUGCUUACGCUCGUGAUUGGGAUUAUGUCAGGUUAAGAAAGGUCGCAGAUCAACAUGAUGCCUUUUUAAUGGCUGACAUAGCCCAUAUUGGUGGUUUGGUUGCAGGUCAAGAAGCCAAUAAUCCUUUUGAACUUUGUGAUGUUGUUACAACCACCACUCAUAAAACCCUUAGAGGUCCACGCGCUGGUUUAAUUUUUUUUAGAAAAAAAAAAGAUUUAGAAUCUCGUGUUAAUAAUGCAGUUUUCCCAUCAUGUCAAGGUGGGCCACAUAAUAAUACUAUUGCAGCAAUUGCCGUUUCCUUAAAACAAGUCGCUACCCCUGAAUUUCAACAAUACGCAAAACAAGUUCGCGCUAAUGCCAAAGCUUUGGGUGAUGCUCUUAUAAGUCAUGGUUAUCGAUUAGCAACCGGAGGGACUGAUAAUCAUUUAGUUCUUUGGGAUUUAAGACCUCUUAAAUUAACCGGUAGCAAGGUUGAGAAGAUAUGUGACAUGGUCAACAUAACAAUUAAUAAAAAUUCUGUUCCUGGUGAUACCAACAUGUUAUCUCCAGGUGGUGUUCGUCUUGGAACUCCUGCAUUGACAUCAAGAAGUUUUAAAGAAAAAGAUUUUGAAAAAGUUGCCGAAUUCUUAAAUCGUGCAGUACAAAUAGCUCUUGCUGUACAGGAAAAAGCAGGUAGUAAAAUGAUGAAAGAUUUUGUUGCUGCAUGUCAAGACAAUGAAGACAUUUCCAAUCUAAAAAAAGAGGUGGAAUCAUUUUCUACAACUUUUCCAAUGCCAGGUUUUGAUGCUAAUUUCUAA